UGCAAAGUCUUCGAAACGUCGGGAGAAAAUAAUAAUAUAAAAAACCGCGAUAAAAUCCGUUAAAUAGUUUUUAAUCACAAGGAUUAUUCAGUUAUAAUCACAAUAUUUUCUCUUAUUUUCUGAUAGUUUAAGACUCCAACAUCACAUCGUGUGACUGAUAUUGGUUAAUUAAUUAAUAUUGAAUCAAUUAUUAAGCAUUAUUAAAAAAUAAUUUCAGUGUACAAUAACUAAGUAUUCGAAUUAUUUAAUACUUACCUGCUCUAAGAGAAUUUUAAGUAGUUAUGGAAAACGUAGGCUUUUUCCAUAAUAUUCAUUAUCCUCCUCCUCCUUGCGUCGAUUAACCUCAAAGCUGAGGGUCGUGACCUUGCUGAAGAACUUUUGUUCGGACUAUGUUUCGCCACCUUGUCCUAUCUUCGGUGGCGCGAAAGGCUUCGCAAACUGUGGUGUCUAACGUGGACCGGAACUGGUCAGACCAACGCAUUAUUCAUUAUAAUACUGUAUGAAUAAAACUUUUUACAACACACGCUGUCAUUAUUGUCUUAAAGCGAAGAGAAUUAUAAUAUAUAUGGAAAGAGUUUUGAUCACAUACAUUAAAUUGAAUUGGAUCACAUAAAUAACGAAUGCUCUAUAUCUUAUAAGUAAACAAUGGCAGGGAAGACCACAGAUCGUAAAGGGAAAAGUAAAGAAGUGAAAUCGGCAACGAACGAGCUAGCAGACAAUUUGGCUACAUUUACACUGCCUGAUAGCCUUCCAUGUUCUGAAGUAGAGUUCCCGGUGCUAAUAAAGAAAACGACCAAAGCGAACUGGCAACAAAUUCUUGAAGAAAGCAACCAAAAGUUGCUAGAUAUAGAAAAAUACAAGGAAAGCAAGAAAGAAUGUGUUCCAAGAGCGCCUUUUCUUAGGACUGAAAACGAUUACAUAAAGAAUGAAGUGUUUGUACAUUUGAUACCAGCUUUAGAAGAAACGCUGAAUAAAGCCAAAAUGUGGGAGGCUCUUGUGCUCCAGAAAUGUUUCUUUAAUGGUAUAGACCAUAUCGCUCAGUUGUUAUGGAAUAAUAACCCACGCUACCCGGAGCGCAAAAUAAAAGACUUGCACAUUUUCAACAUGCCGUGGGUUCGCCGCUAUCUAAAAGAAAAACCAAGACCUUUUUAUCCAAAAUCGUGGUUGUGGCCUGAAAACUAUGCUGCUACUUUGAUACAAAAGACUGUUCGUCAAUACUUCGUGCAAAGAGAGGAUGAAGUUCAAGAAAUGCGUGAAUUUUGGAGGAAAUUGGAAAUGGAACGAAGCAUGCCAGAUAUGGACACUAAUCCAUUUUUGGCCAAAAAAUUUGCAUCAGAACCAAACUUCCGAAAGAAUUAAUAAAUAAAAUACGUUUUCA